AUGGAUGCGUACGAACAUGAACGCAUGAUUGCGGAGCUGGCGGUGCAGCGGGCCUCCCUCCNNCUGACCAAACGAAUCCUCGCCGACAUCGACAAGGGCGCCCUGGACAAGAGCGACCGCACUCCCGUCACUAUUGGCGACUUUGGCGCACAAGCUCUCAUGAUCGGCGCAAUACACCACAAUUUUCCAGAAGACUCAUUCAUUGGCGAAGAGACAGCGACUGCACUGCGCGAGAAUGAGCAACUACGGGACCGCGUUUGGGAUCUCGUGUCGACCACGCAUCUGCAAGAGAAGGAGUUGGACGAGCGAUUAGGAAGCAUUGGCUCAGCAGAAGAAAUGCUGGACACAAUCGACCUGGGCAAUCAUCCUGGAGGUCGUGAAGGCCGCAUCUGGAUUCUGGACCCGAUCGACGGCACAGCGACCUUUAUGCGCAAUCAGCAAUAUGCCGUCUGUCUUGCCUUGAUUGUCGACGGCGAGCAAAAGGUAGGCGUCAUUGGAUGCCCCAAUCUGGACCUCAGCACCGGCAAGAUAUCCGAGGAAAAUGCCGACAAUGCUGGUAAUGGCCAAAUGCUUUCUGCCAUCAAAGGCCGAGGCGCAACCGUCAGGCCUCUAGGUCAUGGGGGACUGCAGCCAGCUACGCGAAUCAACAGGCGCGAUAACAUCUCCAACGAUCCACGCACGCUCGACUUUGUCGAGUCCGGUAACAGCACAUCCGUCGAUCUCGACUUCCACCGCAAGGUAGCCGAGAAGCUGGGCGCCCCAUGGCCUGGUACCGACAUGUGGUCCUCCCAAAUGCGAUACAUUGCCAUGGCCGUUGGCGGUGGCGACAUUAUGCUGCGUUUCUACAGCAAGAAGGGCCACAAGUCUUAUCUCUGGGACCAUGCAGGGNGCUUCCUGAUCUUCGAAGAGUCAGGCGGUAAGGUCACUGACCUGGACGGCAAACCCAUCGACUUUGGCGCCGGAAGAAGGUUCGAGAACAACAGUGAGAUGGUUGCUGCUCCGGAAAACGCGCAGCCACGCAUUCUUCAACUGGUCAAUGAAAUGCUUGGAUCUUGA